UAAUUGACUUUAUGGAUUCAUCAAAGAGCAUUAACUCGAACUCUAGUGACUUCUCCACAUCAAUUGGAGACUUCAAACUUGAAAAAGAAAUAGGAGAAGGAGCAUUCUCUAAAGUAAUGCUGGCUACUAAUGAAAUCAGUUCAAAGGAAUGAGCAAUUAAGUUUAUCAAAGCUGACGAAAGCAUUAGUGAGAAGAAUCUGAAAUCCUUCUUUAAAAAUGAAGUAAAAGUACUGAAGAAGUGAGACCAUCCUAAUAUCUGCAAAAUACUUGGGUAUUCUUACAGAGAUUCUGUUCCUGGAAAAGAGAAUUACUGAGUUAGUUAUAUUGCUUUAGAGUACAUGAAGAACGGUACUCUAUUUGAUAUUCUCGAAAAUGGAGCUCUUGAAGCGAAGUAUACCAGAGUCUUGUUCAAGCAGGUUCUCUCUGCUAUUGAAUACCUCCACAAAUUAGGCUAUUCUCACAGAGACAUCAAACUAGACAAUAUCUUAGUCAGUUCAAAUUAUGACUUAAAGCUUGCUGAUUUCGGAUUGGCUUCGAAAUCUAAGAAAAGUUCGACAGUAAAGGGUACCCUUUACUAUAUGGCUCCAGAGGUUGUUGCUGAAAAAGAAUAUAAUACUAAUGAUUCUGAUCUGUAUGCAAUAGCAAUAGUUUUAUUUUCGAUGUUAACUCAUAGUAUGCCAUUCAAUGUUGCUAGCAAGAAAUGUCCGCUUUACAGAAAAAUCAUGACCGAUGACUGGGCCUCUUUCUGGAAGACACAUUCAUCUUCGAAACUUAUCGAUAACGAUUUCAAAGAUCUUUUCGCAAAGAUGGUUGACCCAAACCUAGAGUUGAGGCUUAGCAUUUCUGAAAUCUUGGAUCAUCCAUGGAUGAAAGGCGAAACUGCAACAAAGGAGGAGGUUGUAAAACAUUUGAAAACAAGAAUUCAAAGUGAAGUAAAUCUGACGAAAACACAAAAUAAAGAGGAAAGCACAAAUAUGGCUGAGCGUACAGGGUAUUUCAACAUUAGAAGUGCAGGGAAAUUGAUGAAGUAUCUUGAGGAAUUUGCUAAAAAUGAGAAACUGAAUUAUAAAACCUGCCCAAAUUAUUACAGAAUGAUUGCUGAAAUCGGGAAAAAGCCUAAAGACCUCGUCCUCCAGAUGAACAUCUUGAAGAGACACGAAAGCUAUCAGAGAUGUGUAGAACUAAUCUUGAUCAACGGAAAAAAGAAGGACUUCCUAAACUUCAAAUCUAAGGUAGAGGAGUUUAUUGCUAGUCGACAAAAUAAUUAA